AUGCCCGGCUUUCUUGAACCCGGUGGCACGGGGACCAAGCUAGGCAACUUUUUCAUCAUUUUUUCGGGGGUCUGCGCGAUAGUGGCCGCCCUGUUGUCCGUGGUUUCGAUAUGGUUCCAACUGAAAAAUUAUCGAAAGCCAUUGCUUCAACGAUAUGUUGUGCGGAUUUUGUUGAUGGUCCCGAUUUAUGCCAUAACCUCAUGGCUUAGUUUGAAGUCGUCGGCGGCUGCCUUCUUCCUUGACCCGAUUCGAGAUAUAUAUGAGGCAUUCACUAUCUAUACCUUCUUCCAACUGCUCAUUAACUUCCUCGGUGGCGAACGAGCCCUUAUAAUCCUUACUCACGGUCGAGCCCCAAUUCCACACCUAUGGCCUCUCAACCUAUGCCUUCCCAAAGUCGAUAUCAGCGACCCACACUCCUUCCUAAACAUCAAGCGUGGGAUCCUUCAAUACACAUGGCUAAAGCCAGUACUCGCCCUCUCAACUAUCAUCAUGAAAGCUACCGAUACCUAUCAGGAAGGAUACAUUGGGCUUAAUAGCGGGUACUUCUGGAGUGGGAUUAUCUACAAUCUUUCCGUGACAAUAAGUUUAUACAGCCUGGGUAUGUUUUGGGCAUGUAUGCAUCAGGACUUAAGGCCAUUUAGGCCGGUACCAAAGUUUCUGUGUAUCAAACUCAUCAUCUUUGCCUCGUACUGGCAAGGUUUCUUCCUUUCGAUAUUGGUGUGGCUUAAGUUCAUACCGGAUACACCGGAGUACACUCGUGACAAUCUUGCAGCUGCCAUUCAGGACUGCUUGAUCUGUUGCGAAAUGCCGGCUUUUGCUAUUGCGCAUUGGUACGCCUUUUCAUGGAAGGAUUAUGCGGACCCAACGAUUUCUGCGGCCCGUAUGCCAGUUCAGUAUGCAUUGCGUGAUGCCUAUGGUAUUCGAGAUUUGAUCUACGACACAAAGGUCACAUUCGGCGGGAAAGGGUAUGAAUACCGUAACUUUGACUCCGCAGAUGGAACUACAAUGGCACAUCCUGAGAGUGCUGCGAGAAUGGCAAGGAUUAUGGAAGGAAUGAGAUAUCAAGCCGGUGGCAAAGGAAAGUACUGGAUACCAAAGCCGGUACCCUCGAGUCGCUCGGCUUUGCUGGGAGGAGUUGGUUCUGCCGCCGGUAUUACUGACGAUCCAGCCAGAAGAGCAGCAGCUGGCGCUGGAAGGUCGUACGGCAGUGUGGCUACCGACAAUCUCGAGGAUGAGGACACUGACGAUGAAAUGGAAAAGAUAUACGAUGAUGCGAGAGGAAUGGAGUUUGGUGAUUAUAAUUACCCUGUCAUAACAGCAUACGAACCAUAUAGUGCGGAGCGUUUCCGGCAGAACUACCAAUCUCGCUAUCUUGUUACAACAGCCACAAACCAAGCCCUCCUUCAACCCGAGAACCGUAGCAAACUUCAAUCUCGAAGCAGGAGCAAGAGAUCAAAUGCUUCAAGCUCCCGUAGUCGUAAAGGGAAGGCCACGAUUUCGGAUGGUGACGAGCAAGAAUCACAAGGAUUGCUGUCUAAGGUUACUGACACUUUGCAUCGGAGUGAGUCAUCCUCGUCCCGCUUCUCGGACCGUUCCGGAGUUGUAGACCUUGUUGUCGAGGAUACACAGGCGGAGGAAAUCGAACGUGUCCGCGCCCGCAAGGAAGGCGGUCCUGGUUGGAACGAGGAAGAUCCCAAGAUCUUUGUUACCAAGUAUCCUCCAAAGGAUGAGGGACACGUUGAAAGAUCGGGUUUUGAAACAGAGCACAUACCCCCACCGAUUGAUACACGAGAACACGACACUAGUACCUCGAGACCUAGUGGUUCUAGAGCUACCUCCCAAGGGAACUUUGUUGUAGCUGAGGAAGACGAGGAAGAGGAAGAUACCCCAGUCGAUGACCGGAUGAGAUACGGGAGUCUGGCCAAUGACGACAAUCCUUGGGGCCGUUAG